AUGGAAGAGAGUACGGCAACACUGUCUGCGCCUUCGGGCUCGCAGACACGGGCUUCCAGUCGCGCACCAAGUGCGCCUCGAAGAGCGGAAACGGAGGACUCAGAAAAGGCAGGCAGAGUCUGGGCGCGUGGAGUUGAAGAUCCAUGGCAUCCCUGCAUUCUUACGCUCGAUGGUGGAGGGAUCCGUGGCUACAGCAGCUUGUUGAUCUUGAAAGCCCUGAUGCAUGAGAUAUGGCUGUACGAGCAAGAGUACGAUAACGCAACGAUAGAAGUGAGGACAGACAGCCCGACAUCUUACUUUGGGACCGAAAGCGAAGGACAGGCAGCAGGUGGAGCUGUUCGUGGUAGAAGUGGACAUCACCGCAACCUUGGCAACGAUCCAGAUGUGGGAGAAGGGCAACAUGGCGUCAAUACAGAGCUCGACGGGACGGCAACGGCACCCGCUGCUGUGCUACAAACAACAGCACAGGAUUCUAUGACUGCGGACAUUUCCACCAGGAAGUCACUAUCAGAAGAGGAGCUAUUACCAUGUCACUACUUCGACUUCAUGUAUGGCACAUCGACUGGAGGUCUGAUAGCCACCAUUCUUGGUCGACUGCGAAUGACGGUCACGGAAGGCUUGGAGCUUUAUCGAAAAGUCGGCGACGAUUUGUUCGGGAAGAGAAGAAGCAGAGUUCCACUCAUGACGAAGUACUACCACGAGCCGCUCGAGAAAGCUGUACGAGACAUCGUCAGCAGCCGAUGCCACGAACACGAAAACUGCGAUGGCAACGACCUUCACCCUUGGGAUGUCGCCAAGUUCGAUGAGAUCCUGUCAAAACCAGUGCCUUUCGAUGUCGAUCAACCACGAGUCUGCCAGUCUUGCUGUCUGACUGCGACACAUGACGAGAACAUUUCCGAAGCCUACCUUCUGCGUUCAUACCCUCACUACUACUCAGAGAACGCACCGAACUGGAUCACCCGCUAUAACGAAGGCGCUGACCCCAUACCUAUCUGGAAGGUCACUCGAGCGACAACUGCAGCUCCGUUCUAUUUCGAACUCAUCAAAGCAGAAGUCGAUAAUGUUGAGAAAUCAUUCAAAGAUGGCGGAAUUCGCGAGAACAACCCUAGCGGUGCUGCAUUGAGUGAGUUCCAUGCUCUUUACGAAGGACGUGCAAACUCGCCUGCACUAAUGCUCUCUGUGGGCACCGGACGACCAGACCAGACGCAUGACGGCUUCUCAGAAGGUUGGACGUCACCUAUAGGCCGCGUUCCCAUCGUCAGCAAGUUUCUCGAGAAGCGCGCUGUCAUUCAGAACCUUUUAAUCAAGUACACCGAGGGAGAAAAGCAACACAAGCAAAUGCGAGAGUACGCACACGGCGAACACACAUGGUACAAACGACUCAACGUCUCGGAAGGUCUCCAGAACAUGGCCCUCGACGACUGGGAACGUGGCCAGUGGUUUGACCCCAAGACAGAACAGAAGAUCACUGUACCUGGAGGCGCCAGCUUGACGAGGAUGGAAGACGCAACUGACGAUUACCUCACUCGACCCUUCAACCCCAACAUCGACUCUUAUGCACCACCAAGCACGAUGCUCAAGCAAGCUGCGCAGAAGUUGGUGCUGCAGAGAAGAGCCAGAGAGGAGAUGGGCGGACCUAGGUGGGAUGCCUUUGUGGGGAAGCAUCUCCAUGGCCCUAAGAUCACGGCGACGGACGCGAAUGGGCAUGCUGGUUGA